AUGAAAAUCAUGACUAAAUCACAGAAAAAAUCAAUUUACUCACCAAUAUCUUCUGAAUAUUCACCGAUUUCAGCAGAUGAAGGCACGUCAUCUCAUGAUCGACGAAAAACACAUAAACAUUACAAAAAACGUGCUGAUGAUCGAGAAUAUAGUCGUAAGGUCUAUAAAGAUGAAAGAUAUGGCAGAAGCAGAGAACGAGUUGAUAGAAAUAAACCGAGAUAUGACAGUGAAAAAUUUGACUGUAAAGUGAAAUCAAGAAGCAAAAAUUGUCAUUAUAAGCAUGACAGACAUGAAAGCUCAUCACGAAAAGUACAUAAGAAGUCAGACAGAUCUCGAGAGCGAUCUAGAAAGAAAUGUAAGUCUAAACAUAAGAAACACGAGAAGAAGAGACGCCGUUCAACAUCCAAAAGCUCGUCAUCAAGCGAUUCUGAUGAAGAAUUAAGAUCCAGCAGUUUUAUAAGUGAAAUUUUGAAGAACAAAAAGACUAAAAAUAAUGAGAAAGUACUCAAUGAAGUCAGAAAGACGAUAAACAACGAAUUAAAGGAUGAAAGCAUAUCAUAUACACCGCCUUUAAAGUUAGGAAUGACAAAGACUGAUGAUGUAAAAAGCUGUGAUACUCAAAUCAAGAAAUUAUGCGAUCAAAAACAGCCUGACAUUAAAAAGCCUAUUAAUUUGUUAACAAAUUUGGAUGUAAAUGGCAAUAUUUCUGCGAUAUCAGUAAGUAAAAAUGAACCAAAGUCGAAUGACGUUCUAAAAUCUGCAGCUAUUCAUACUAAAAUCAAUCAAAGUGAAACUCAAAAGAUCAAAGCUAGUGGAAAUCAAAUCACAAUCAUCAACAAGUCAAAUGAUGUGAUAAAGUUAACAGCUACCAAUGGAAAUUCCACGAAAAAGAAGAGUGUUUUGGACCUUCCAAUGCCACCACAAAUUGACAUACCAGUUAAACCAUCACCAACUCAAUCUAUAAAGAAUCAACAACGCGAAAAAGUCAAUGAACUUGUCAAAAAAGCAUCAAAUUCAGUUUUAGUCAGCAUACCACUUGCAAAAAUACUUGAUGGCAAGACCAUGGAGCCUAUAAUUGCUGCUAAUUUUGAAAAUAGCCAGCUCAAAAAAGCAAUCAUCACUCAUCCACCGGAACUAUUACCUCAACCAAAAGAAAAGAUUACAACAGCCGAACAUGUCGAGCAUUUAAAGGAAAUGCAGAGUCAUUUGCUACAGGGAGCAAUUUUUACGCCAUUUGAUCCAAAAGGAACUCCACCUCAGUUCCUAAAACCAGCACGUCCUUCAAUCGUUAAACAGCCAGCAUUCAUAAGCACUAGAUUUAGAAAUCAACCAUUUGAAAGCUUUAAAAUUUUAGAACAAGUUGGAAAAGGAACUUACGGAAAAGUUUUUAAAGCAAUUGAUCAACAAACAAAUGAAACAGUCGCAAUGAAAUACAUAAAAGUGGAACAUGAAACAGAAGGAUUUCCAAUAACAUGUUUACGUGAAAUAAAGAUUCUUCGACAAUUGGAUCAUCCAAAUAUUAUUAAGCUACGAGACAUUGUCUUUAGACAUGAGAAGAACUCAACAUAUUUGGUAUUUGAUUACAUGAAUCAUGACUUGUUAGGAUUGAGAAUGAAUAAGGAAAUGGACUUUGAUGAGGCUAAUAUUUAUUACAUAUCAAGACAGCUUCUUGAAGGCAUCAAUUAUUGUCAUAAAAAUCAAAUUAUUCAUCGUGACUUGAAGCUAUCAAACAUCUUAAUGAACAAUAAAGGACAAGUAAAAAUUUGUGAUUUUGGAUUGAGCCGAAUGUGGACAGUAAAUCGACCAUACACAAAUAAAGUAAUUUCACUUUGGUACCGACCGAUUGAAUUGUUACUAGGCGAGGAAAUGUAUGGACCAUCUGUGGAUAUUUGGUCCCUUGGAUGCAUCAUCUAUGAAUUGUUUAGACGUCGACCAUUAUUUGAGUAUAACACCGAACUUGAGAUUAUUAAUGCUAUUUUUAAUCUUUGUGGUACGCCUGAAUACAACAUGUGGCCUGAAGUCAAAAAGCUUCCUAAAUAUAAAACGUGUAAGCCAAGUCCAAGGAUGAGAAACUUGAAAAAUACAUUAUAUCCAGCAUUGCCACCUUCAGCGAUUGAUCUUGUUGAUCAAAUGUUAGCCUUAAAUCCUGCAAAGAGAAUAACAGCUGAAGAUGCACUAACAUCAAAUUGGGUGAUUAAAAUGGAGAAGGCUGAAAGGAAGCCACUAAAACUUCCAAAAAAUGACAGUUUGGAGAUGCGAGCAAGGGAAUUAUGA